AAGAAACUGAGAGAGACCAACAGCAUUGAGAGACAAUGGACAUCACUUCACUCUGCCUGGUUCUUGCCUCUCUGAGCAUCAGUCCCAACAGACUUCAGUUCUUCACGUACGACACCAUCAAGCUGAGUUGUGAUGUUUCCGGGAACUCCACCGGCUGGACGGUAAGGAGGAACACGACUUCUCAGACUCAUGUGCCGUGCAAGAAACCCUGGGGGAUCCCAAAUGGGCCCUCCUGCACCAUUGAAGACGCCUAUGCAAAGGACUCAGGGCUGUACUGGUGCGAGUCCAGAGACGUGGGCUGCAGCAAUGCCGUCAACAUCACUGUGACGGAUGGUGUUGUGAUCCUGGAGAGCCCUGCACUUCCUGUGUCGGAGGGAGACGACGUGACACUUCGCUGCUCCUACAAGAAAUUAGAAGAGUAUCAGGCCUCCUCUGACUUCAACGCAAGUCUGUACAAAGAUGGCAUCUCCAUUGGGUACAUGUCUGCAGGAAAGAUUACUCUCCGUGCGGUGUCCAAGUCUGACGAGGGCCUGUACUCAUGUGAACACCCCACAAAAGGAAAGUCACCAGAGAGCCGGCUGGCUGUGAGAGUUGCAGACAAACCAAGACAAGACAAGUCAGACAACCAAACGAGUGCCUCUCCUCCUCCUCCUCCUCCUCCUUCUCCCAUCAUGUCCACACCGAGGCUGGUGUGUACCGUCCUGCUGUUGACUCAGUACACGGUGCUCACCAUCGUGUGCGUAUACGUCCACGUACGCUGGGCUCAAGCUCAAGCUGAAAGGAAGAAAAAAAAACUUUCUGAUGAAGUUGUAGAAGAAUGAAAAAAGAGAAGAUUCAAGGUGCAACCCCAAGUACGCUUAUAUGCACACCAAUAUUCUGAUUAUUGGGACUAAUCAGUAGCCUAUAAAGCACAUUAGUGAUUAGUCCCGCCUCUCUGUUUGGAGGUAGGGUGAUCAGUGAAACCAC